AUGUCCGAUUUAUUGGCCCAAUUAUCUGCAUUCAAAAAUAAAAUCAGAAGUGGACCUUCAGUAGCUGUUCCUCGUCGCCCAAUUCAAACUCAGAGACCAGUAGAGCAAGAUCAAUCGGAAAAUAACACUAAUAACUCCAAAAAAAGAUCGACAGAUACUGUUGCAGAGGUCUUUAAGAGACAAAAGGCAGCUACUGACCAAAUAUCAGGUUCACAUCUUUCCACGCAAUUGCACCUUGCUGUAGAAUACAUCAAGCAACAUGACUCUCCUGUGUCAGUGAAUAAAUUGCAAGACUAUUUGUCCUUCGACAUACAUCAAACAUUGCUCCCUCUCUUGAAAGAAAUUGAUAGAAUCAGAUACACCCCAGAUAAGAACACACUUGAAUAUGUUUCCUUGCAUAACAUACGAAGCUCAGAUGAUUUAUUGAAUUUUUUAAGAUCACAGCCAACCUUUAAAGGAGUGCUGGUGAAGGAACUUAGAGAUGGAUGGUCGGGUUGCUUAGAAGCAAUAAAUGAACUAGAGUCUCUGCAAAAAAUAUUGGUGCUAAAGACCAAGAAGGAAAACUCUCCUAGGUUUAUUUGGGCUAAUUUAGGAGGUGAAAUGGGACUUAUUGAUGAUGAAUUCUGUACAAUGUGGAGCAAUGUGAAGUUGCCUGAUCCAGAUAACCUCUAUCAAGCGUUAUUGGAUCAAAGUUUAAAGCCAACUGGAGCUGAUCCAAUGAUAUUAAAGAAGAAACCUCUCCAACAGGAGAAGAAGCAGAAGAAGGCCAGAAGAGGAAAGAUCACGAAUACACAUAUGAAGGGAAUUUUAAAGGAUUAUUCAAACUUAUCUUGA